CAAGUAUAUGUCGGGUCGUUGUCACGUCUGUAUGAGGCGCUGUCCAUCGAGGCCUCGAAGACCACUACAGCCGAGGAGAUCGUGGACUGCAUUGCCGACAAACUGCUCAUCAAAGACGGCGUGUGCUAUGAGUUGGCAGAAGUGAUGGCCGACGGAGACGGCGGACAGGACUGUAAGGAGCGCCGACUCGGGCCGCAAGAGUUCCCCGUCUCUCUACAACUGCUGUGGCCGAAGCGGGAGGGCUCGCACGCCAAGGGAGGGGUGGGAGGCGUCGGAGGGCUCGUUUCGGCUCAGAACUACAAGUUUUGUUUGAGACGAAAGAUGCAGACAAUGAACUGGUCGUGGAGUUGGACCGACUCUAACGAUAAGCUGAUUCGCGACUAUUUCCUGCGUUUCCUGUAUCAGCCGCGCGACAGAGAGUACCCCGACUUGUGUCAACUCCCGGACCUCACGGAACAGACACUACUCGAGAAUCUGAAGGCUCGUUUUGACAAAGGACACAUAUACACAUACGUGGGCUCAAUAUUAAUAGCUGUUAAUCCGUUCAAAUUCUAUCCCAUAUAUAAUCCAAAGUAUGUACAGUUAUAUCAAAGUCGACGUUUGGGUGAACUCCCGCCCCAUAUCUUUGCCAUCGCCGACGCCGCCUAUCAGGCGAUGCUUAGAAAGCGGUCGAAUCAGUGUAUUGUGAUCAGUGGUGAGUCGGGUUCGGGCAAAACGGAGUCCACGAACCUAUUGCUGCACCACUUGACGGCUCUGUCCCAGAAGGGCACUCAUGGGUCGGGUGUGGAGCAGACCAUUCUGGGCGCCGGACCAGUGCUGGAGGCGUUCGGAAAUGCCAAAACCAAACACAACAACAACUCAUCUCGGUUUGGCAAAUUCAUCCAGGUCAAUUACAAGGAGAACGGCGCUGUUCACGGAGCUGUCGUCCAAAAGUACCUGUUGGAAAAGUCACGUAUAGUGAGUCAAGUGAAAAGUGAACGCAAUUAUCACGUGUUCUAUUACCUGUUGGCCGGCGCCACUCCCAUAGAUAAAGAGGAACCACUCGAUCAGACAAAUAGUUAG